AUGGAUCUAGCUGCGGAGAGGCUGGCACAGGCGGCCGCGCAGGGCCGCACCAGGGAGGUGAGGUUGCUGCUCCAGGUUGGGGUGCCCCCAAACGUGCCCAACCGCUUCGGCCGCUGCCCGAUCCAGGUCAUGAUGUUUGGCAACACCCAGGUGGCCGAGCUCCUCCUGAGCUAUGGCGCAGAGCCCAACCUCGCAGACCCCGUCACGCUAACCCGGCCGGUGCACGACGCGGCCAGGGAGGGAUUCCUGGACACGUUAAUGGUGCUGCAUCGCAACGGGGCACGGCUGGACGUUCGCGAUAUGUGGGGUCGCCUCCCCGUGGACCUGGCUGAGCAACAGGGCCACAGAGACAUCGUCCACUACCUGCGUGUGGCCUUGGACGCUGAUGGAGGACGCAGAGGAGGAGGCGAGGGUUCACGGGGUGGACUGGCCGCAAUCCGUGACUGGUCCGUGACCACUAACAGCUUUCCUCCCUUGUAUCCCCAGGUGUUAGUGGGCGCAGACGCCUCCCUCCCAGCCCCGCUGAAUCCUUUUGCCCCAGACCUCCUGCCCCCUGUACCCCUGGGCCUCCGUGCCUCCCGCGUCCCACUGCGUCCCGCGCCCCACCGCGCCCCGCGCCCAGGAAGGCGCAGGCUGGGGCUUUCCGGACCAUCAGAAGAAACUCCGCAAAAGGGGCUCAAAACCGCCAGAACGCAUCGGUCCAAGCGCGCGCGCGGCCUGGAAGCGCGCGGAGCUCCUCCUGGUAGACCCCGGCGUGUGACCCGCUCCGCUGCGCUCCCCGACCCGCUGCGCUCCCCGACCCGCUGCGCUCCCCGACCCGCUGCGUUCCCCGGCCGAUGGGGCCUGUUCGGCCCACUCCCAUGCCCCCGCCGCGGGAAGGGGCCGGAAAAGGUGGGCCACGACGCCGGAGACCGGUCCUCUGCCUUGUCUGCAGCCUCCAGGUAUAGUCCAGCUUAUGCUCAGGGUGAACCUUCAACUCCAAAUGCGCCCUGA